AUGCUUGUAAGAAAUAUAGGAUCACCUUCCUUACAACUUCCACUUAAUUUAAGAUCACUUUCUGGAUACUCCCCCUUCAUACAUGGAUCUCAAUUCGCAGCAAAUUCUGUUGGUGUACCAGGUUUAAAUUUAAGAUCAUUGGAAUCUAUCCUUAAUGUUGGACCUUCCACCCAUACCGUCAAUACUAUUACAAAACAAAUCCCGUUUGCUGUGCCACAACCAUAUGCAGUUCCAAUAGAUAGACAUGUACCAGUACCAGUAGCUCACCCAGUACCAGUUUCCGUAGAUCGCCCUUAUGAAGUAAAAGUACCACAACCAUAUCCAGUUACAGUUGAUAGACAUGUACCGUACACUGUAGAAAGAGCAGUACCUGUAGAAGUGAAAGUUCCUGUUAAAGUAGAAGUUCCUGUACCUGUUAAAGUAGGAGUACCACAGCCUUAUACUGUGGAAGUCCCAAAACCUAUAGCUGUUCCAGUACCAUCACCAGUCGUUGUGAAAGAACAUAUUCCAGUGCCGUCUCCUGUACUUGUAAAGGAACAAGUUUCAGUACCGUCCCCCGUAGUAGUAAAGGAACAGAUACCAGUACCAUCUCCCGUUGUUGUUAAAGAACAUGUACCCGUACAACAACCUAUCUAUGUAAGGGAACAGGUUAAUAUACAGCAACCAUAUUUUUUAAAAGAACAUGUACCUGUUGAAUCUCCAGUGUUAUUUAGACAACAACAUAAUGUGCACCAUCAAAGUCCAUACUAUUUUUAG